AUGGAUAGCAUGGGCAUCGGAUACGAAAGGCUACGUCAAAUUAAUCCCUCGAUCAUACACGCAAGUGUCUCUGGGUACGGGCGCAGGGGGCCAUAUGCCCAUCGUGCAGGCUACGAUGCUAUUGCUGCAGCUGAAGCAGGCAUGCUUGAUAUAACGGGCGAACGCGAUGGUCCACCAACACGACCUGGUCUUGGCCUUACUGACAUGAGCACUGGUCUAUAUCUGCACGGUGCAAUUAUCGCUGCGCUCUAUUCUCGCAAAGACACAGGACAAGGACAGAAGAUUGAUGCGUCUUUAUUUGAGAGCCAAGUGUCCUUACUUUCCAAUGUCGCAAUGUCAUGGCUCAAUGUGGGCGAACGAGCGGCCCGUUGGGGCACAGAGCAUCCAAGUAUUGUCCCAUACCAAGCAUUUGAGACGAAAAACGGCUACUUGGUACUGGGUGCUACAAAUAACCGACAAUUUCGAGUUCUUUGCCAGUUGGUGGGAGAAUCGAAGCUGACGACUGACCCACGCUUUGUGGACAAUAGCUCACGGGUUCAAAACAGACUGGAAUUAAAGAAGAUAUUUGAGGGGAUCCUCCGCAAAAAGACAACUCAAGGGUGGCUGGAUGUCUUAGAGGGAAGUGGGAUGCCCUAUGGCCCUAUCAACACUAUCGAACAGGUCUUCUCGCACCCACAGACUGCCGCCGGGGAUAUGGUGCAAAGCCUUCCUCAUGAGGCCGCGAUUUCGGGUAAAAUUAAAGUCUUAGGGGUUCCUGUGAAGUUCAAGAAGAGGGUACAAACACUCUGGCACAUUACCAAGGCAAAAGAUUUCAAGUGUGGAUUGAUUGGGUGCAUGCCAUCUAAGCGUGCUAAAAAGCUUACAUAUCAGGCCAUCUGGUACGAGCUUGGUGGCGAAGAAGGAACAUCUGCGUUGUUAGAGGAACUUGAGGUGCGCACAUAUCCCUCCAUGAAGGCUCUCUUCCUACAAAAGCAUGAGCACGGAGAAGACAAGUAG